UUGUACCGAUGUGGCGAUUGCCUCGUUCAAGGGGCCUUCGUAGAAAGAAACCAUCUUGACUCUGGAUGAAAUGGAAUGGUCGAUGGAUGUAAGCUUUUACGCUGGAGAAGCGAGAAACAGUUGAAGUAUGUCAGUUACUAGUACAGUAGCCGCCUCGCCUGGUCUGGCCUCGGUCAAAGAGCUUCGGCCCGCGAUCGCAAUCAACAUUUGACAAGCCGCACCAUCACAUCCUCGAAAAAGGUGGUACAGUAGGAGGAGCUAUUACUUGCCUAAUUCCAUUCACUUCUCACAAGCGCAACAAGUGUUAACCUCAACCUACCUACCAUGAAUAAGUCGCAACCUAUUCUGCGCCAUGUAGGAAGGGCAACUCGAGCAUCAAAUCUCUCACAAAAUCUACGAAGACCCCAAGUCUUCAAUUGCCCAGCAUGCCGUCACAUAUCCCAAAGCUCAGCACGCCGGAAUAAGGACCUAGGAGAAUUCCACAGCAUUGUCGAUAAUCCCCCCGUUCUAGUACGAGCAGGAGGCAAAAGACACGGUCCUGGACUCAUUAUCCUAGGUAUUUGCUCCCCACCCUGCCUUCAAUUGAUCUCCACUAACAGGAUUCUUUUCCAGCAUUAAUUCCCAUCACAGCCUUCGGUCUCGGAACAUGGCAGGUUCAACGUCUGGACUGGAAAUCCAAACUAAUAGCCAAAUUCGAAGACCGCCUCGUUCGCGAGCCUCUCCCUUUACCACCCCACAUCGACCCAGACGCGAUCCACGAUUUCGAUUAUAGAAGAAUAUACGCAACAGGCACAUUCAGACAUGAUCAAGAGAUGUUAAUUGGACCACGAAUGCACGAUAGACAUGACGGGUAUCUAGCAAUCACUCCAUUGGAAAGAGGAGGGAAAGGAACGACAGUUUUGGUAAACCGAGGUUGGAUACCGAAGAAAUUCAAGAAGCAAGCGAGUAGACCGGAUGGGUUACCGCAGGGCGUGGUCACGGUAGAGGGUUUACUGAGAGAGCCUUGGAAGAAGAAUAUGUUCACGCCCGAGAACAGUCCCCAGACCCAGGAGUUUUAUUUCCCAGAUGUGAAACAGAUGGCUGAGUUGACGGGUAGUCAAGCAGUGUGGAUUGAAGAAACAAUGGGUUCGUCUGCAUGUUUGUAUGGAGGUGGGCCAAACUAACGUACUGUCUAGAGGCCGACUUGAUAGUCUCCUGGGACCGUGAAGCUCGAGGAAUCCCAAUCGGAAGACCUGCCGAGGUCAACCUGAGGAAUAACCACGCUCAGUAUAUCUUUACUUGGUGCGUAAUUAUAACGACUCCUGGAAUAUCUGAAACCACGAGCUUGUACUUACAUUUGUUUAGGUAUGCUCUAGCAGCGGCUACAUCAGUCAUGCUCUGGAUGGUUGUGAAGAAACCUCCGAAGGACAUAGCACGUCGCAUAAGACAAAAUAAAGAAUGGUCAUAAUAACUUGACUAGACCAUAAAUGUAAACAUAUUGUACAAAAACGUUGUACAUUACUAGUAGUACACCCCGCCUGCGCUGAACAGGAUUGUAGCUUCACUUCUGAUAGUGAGUGUUUACGGCAGAGCCCGCUUUACCAUAUACGAAGAGAAGCUCAUGCUUUUGUAGAACGCGAUUCACAAAAAUGCUGCUUCAGCUCCGCUAUCCAUCUCGCAAACCCUGUGCCUCGACACCAGUAUUAACGUAGCCUCGGAAUACCCAUCUCCGUCCCCCGCACUAUUGGUAUUGUGGAUUUCCAUCAAAGAUUGCCUCUCGCCACUAACAGCCGGGGAUGUGAAAACUAGACGCAAGCUUUGAUAGAAGCCCAUCCCUUGCUAGGCAAAUCAUAACCAUUGGACCGACUGUUUAACCCUACAGCACCCGGAUUCGAUACCUGCGUGACACCGGGAUUCUUUUUCAGCAUGCGACUUCACGUGUAGGGCUUGAAGUCCAAAUAAUCCUAUACAUGGCGAGCAGCUCAUGAAAAAGGUCUGACAAAGUUUUGCUGUUUAAAAACCAAGCCGUUUGGUUCUCCAAUAUCAAAUUUCAAAUAAGCAUUCCGAAUAUUCUGGCUUUCAUUCGUUUUACUCUUCAAUGGUUGGUAGUUUACGAGUCUUCUUCAACUUAGGUAGAGGAACCAUCCGCAGUUCCUGUAAGAGCUCUCUGGGUAGAUAUUUCUGAGCGAGCGAAAAGGGAGUCGUGUUUGCAUUGGUUUGUCGUUGCCUUUCCUAGUUAGUAAUUAAU